AAACUGUCUCCUGCUCAGUGGUCAGCUCUGGUCUUCAUCUUACUGUCAUCAGAAAACGACCUGGACGUGUUUGACCUGAAGAAAUACUCUGCUUCAGAGGAGGUCCUUCUGAGGCUGCUGCCAGUGGUCAAAGCCUCCAACAAAGCUCUGCUGAGUGGCUGUAACCUUUCAGAGAGAAGCUGUGAAGCUCUGUCCUCCGUUCUCAGCUUGCAGUCCUCGCAUCUGAGAGAGAUGGACCUGAGUAACAAUGAUCUGCAGGAUCCAGGCGUGAAGCUGCUCUCUGUUGGACUGGAGAGUCCACACUGUACACUGGAGACUCUCAGGCUGAGCGAAUCUAGGCUCACAAAGAAAUGCUGUCAGGGGCUGUCCUCAGUUCUCGGCUCCCAGUCCUCUCAUCUCAGAGAGCUGGACCUGAGUAACAACAACCUGCAGGAUUCAGGAGUGAAGCUGCUCUAUGCUAAAAUGGAAAGUCCACACUGUGCGCUGGAGACUCUCAGGCUGAGCAGCUGUAAUCUCUCAGAGAGAAGCUGUGGAGCUCUGUCCUCAGUUCUCAGCUCCCAGUCCUCCAGUCUGAGAAACCUGGACCUGAGUAACAACAACCUGCAGGAUUCAGGAGUGAAGCCUCUUUCUGUUGGACUGGAGAGUCCACACUGUACACUGGAGGGUCUCAGGUUGAGUCAAACAAGGCUUACAGGGAAAUGCUGUCAGGAGUUCUCAUCAGUUCUCAGCUCCCAGUCCUCUAGUCUGAAAGAGCUGGACCUGAGUAACAACGACCUGCAGGAUUCAGGAGUGAAGCUGCUCUAUGCUGGACUGGAGAGUCCACAGUGUGCAUUGGAGACUCUCAGGCUGUCAGGCUGUCAGAUCACAGAGGAAGGCUGUACCUCUCUGGCCUCAGCUCUGAGAUCCAACCCCUCCCAUCUGAGAGAGCUGGACCUGAGCUACAACCAUCCAGGAGACUCAGGAGUGAAGCUGCUGACCGCUGGACUGGAGGACCCACACUGGAGACUGGACACUCUCAGGUUGGAACAUGGUGGAGAGCAGAGGCUGAAACCAGGUCUGAGGAAGUAUGCCUGUGAACUCACAGUGGACAUGAACACAGUAAACAGAACGCUCAAACUGUCCGACAACAACAGGACGGUGACAGCAGUGAGAGAGGAGCUGCCAUAUUCUGAUCAUCCGCAGAGAUUUGACUACUGGCCUCAGCUACUGUGCACAGAUGGUCUGACUGGUCGCUGUUACUGGGAGGUGGAGUGGAGAGGGGAUGUUGACAUAUCGGUGAGUUACAGAGGAAUCGGAAGGCGAGGAGACAGCGCUGACUGCUCGUUUGGAGAUAACAAUCAGUCUUGGAGUCUGCACUGCUCUGAUUGUCAUGGUUACGCUGCCACUCAUAAUGACAGAGAAACACACCUCUCCUCUACCCCUUCCUCCUCCUCCUCCUCCUCCUCUGUCUCUAACAGAGUAGCAGUGUAUGUGGACUGUCCUGCUGGCACUCUGUCCUUCUACAGAGUCUCCUCUGACUCACUGAUCCACCUCCACACCUUCAGCACCACCUUCACUGAGCCUCUUUACCCUGGCUUUGGCUUUGGAUGGCCUGGUUCAGUGUCUCUGUGUUCACUGUAGGAGGGAGAGUCUCCUCCUGUGCAGAGAAACACUCGCACUGCUCACACACACACACACACACACACACACACAUUUUUUGUAAAUCACACUGGCUCAAAAUUAUGAGAAGUCAAGUUUUAAUGGUUUUCAGAUUAAGAUAAGCGCAGAAAUAAGUACACAUGCAUAGAGGAACAUGCAGUAUCGUCGCAAACAAAUUGACAUUGUGGUAGCAGCAGAGAAUAGUUCAUGUAGAGUGAUGUGAUACCUGCAACGGUGUACCCCAGAAUAGCAUAUAGUGGCAUGCAAAAGUUUGGACACCCCUGGUUGAAAUGUCUUCUUAAAUUUCGUUAUGAAGCUAUAACUUUACAUUACGCUGACAAGAGUAUGCGCAUAGUUCUACAUAUGCACAUACACACACGCUGACAUACACUCAUGCACAUACUAACAUUGACUGCCUCAUAUUGGUCAGAUUAAACCUGUGACCCUGCUGGGGUCUGCAGGACUCCAGUUCAGUGGACCGGGGGCCUUUAUAGGCAGUUAUGGAGAUUUAUCUUCCUUACCCCAGAAGAGGGAACUAUACUGGAAAAUACCAAAAACAAAAAGCCACAAUGGCUGAAAGAGGUGUACCUCCACUAAGAAAUGUGCCCACACUAUCACCUAAGAGUGUGUGUUUAAUCUUACAACAUUUAUUUCUUGCCUCUGGGGAUCAUAUCAGCGUCUUGCAGUCUGACCUCGUGAAUCUAUUAUAUAUAUUUAUCCAGACCAGAUUUUAUAUUUACAUUAUUUUAUCAUUGCCAGUAUCUUACCUCAGGUUUAUUUAUAUGUUUAUGGGGAUGGUAAGCUGUACUAAGUUAAACAUUACAAGGGUGCUCAUACUGCACUCAUAGUCGCUCUUUGUUAUCCUGCAGUGUAGUGUGUUGUGUGUAGUGUGGAGGAGGAGGUCAGGUUACAGUCACAGGCCUAUGAGAGGUAACAUCUGGAGGAUAUUGGAAUCAAAGAAGGUUAAAACAGGAAAUUGUUUUUGAGUGUUUGAAUUGUCAUUUUACACAUUAACACAGUUCCCCUAUAUCAUAAUGCAGUUACUGAUUGAUGCUUUAUAUUGCUAUGUUUUAUUCUGAUGAUUAUUAAAGGGUUUUCAGUUUGGCCCACAUGUGUGUAUGUGCUGUUCCUGGGGUUUUCCCAGACGAGCAGGUGGCAAUACAGAAGACAUGUGAGUCAAACUUCCCCACAUGGGGUUGAUGGACAGAUAUUGUUGGACAGCCAAUUACUAUGGGAUUUAUUGAAAAACUGUCCGUCGUGUCACCAAGAACUGGACUAGAGAGAAUAUGAAAAGGGUUGGUUUUUGGCGAUCGAGACCUUUUUCAAGGCCUGCAGAUGCCCAUGUCUCUCUGAAUAAUAUCUUUGCUCCGAGAGUCUCUGGCAGAAAACUUUGCAGUAGAUAAAAUCUUUAGACUUCCCUUGUGAAACCUACAGCCGGUGAAAGUUUGUUGAGAGCGGUUCUUAUGUUGAAACCAAAGCAGUAAAUGUCAGCUGGCUUUAGACGGAUCUCUUUUGGAAAAUAAAGAGAUCUUAGUUUAGGUGAGACAUUAUUGACAAAUCCAAAUUUAAAAUCAGAUUGGCCUGAUUUUCAAGGCAAAUAAAAUCUAUCCAGACCAGUUCGACUAUUUUUAUCUUUUACUUUAACUUUUAUCAUUUUGAGUUUUUGUAUUUAAGUUGAUUUUUACCUUUUUAUACAUUUGUUUUCUUUUGUAUC